AAAACUUUCCUGGUUUGCCUAAUUUCAGCAUUCAUUGUAUUUAUUAGAUUAACAGACCUGUCGCUCAGUAGUAAAAUAACUGCGCAUUAAUACAAUUGACAGCUGAACGGACCAAUGAUAAUUCAACAGUCUGGUGACUCAUUAACAGGAAGUUAUUUAAAAUGCACAGCCUGUGCGCUUUGGUUUAGUUGACACUAGACAGAGUUCAGGAUGAUUCGUUUUGUUGAAGCGUAGCAGGGGUGUUGGGAUUGUCGUUUUCGCGAAAUUAAAAUGGGUGAAUUGGACCGCAAAUGGCUUUUGCUCCUGGUCCUUCACACUCUGACACUUGCUGCUGAUGCGAAAAAAGAGAGGAAAAACGUCCUUUUCAUCUUGGCGGACGAUUUGCGGACAUCACUGGGUUGCUAUGGAGACACUCUGGUUAAAUCACCCAACAUUGACCAGCUGGCAUCCAAAAGUCAGGUUUUCCUCAAUGCAUACGUUCAGCAAGCCGUGUGCGCUCCUAGUCGCACAUCGAUGCUGACCAGUCGCAGACCGGACACAACCAGGCUAUAUGACUUCAAUUCUUACUGGAGAGUCCAUUCUGGGAACUUCACAACUUUGCCACAAUACUUUAAAUCUAAUGGAUACUUCACCAUGUCUGUGGGCAAGGUGUUCCACCCAGGAAUUGCCUCUAACCACUCUGACGACUACCCCUACAGCUGGACCAUCCCUGCUUACCACCCAGCUUCAUUUAGAUUUGAGAAACAGAAGAUGUGUAAAGGAGCGGACGGUAAACUCCAUGCCAACUUGCUGUGUGCAGUGAACGUGACUGAGCAGCCAGGGGGAACCCUCCCUGAUCUGGAGAGCACAGACGAGGCAAUAAGGUUGUUGAAGGGUCGGGCUGACAAUGGCGCUCCAUUCUUCUUGGCUGUGGGUUUUCAUAAACCGCACAUACCUUUCAGGAUACCCCAGGAGUACCUAAGCUUAUAUCCUCUUGAUGAAAUGUCUCUGGCCCCUGACCCGGACGUCCCCAGACUCCUUCCGCCGGUGGCCUACAACCCCUGGACCGACGUGAGAAAGAGGGACGACGUCCAAAGGCUCAAUAUCUCCUUCCCCUACGGACCGAUCCCCAAAGACUUCCAGCUGCGGAUCCGUCAGCACUAUUACGCUGCCGUGUCUUACAUGGACGCUCAGGUUGGGAGGCUGCUCAGCACGCUCGAUGACCUGGGGCUGGCUGACAGCACGUUGAUUGUGUUCGCCUCUGAUCACGGCUGGUCGUUAGGUGAACAUGGGGAAUGGGCUAAAUACUCAAAUUUCGACGUGACGACACGCGUGCCCCUCAUCAUGUUCGUUCCUGGUGUGACUGCAGACCUUAAAUGGCCCGGAGAGUCAAACUUCCCUUUCAUUGAUGUUUUUAGAUGGCGGAAUCACAGCUUCAUGAAUGCCAAAGUUAGCCGAAACAUGGUGGAGCUGCUGGACAUCUUUCCUACCGUCUCCUACAUGGCUGGCCUCAAAGCACCUGAACGCUGCCCUGACGUUUCUUUCCAGAUGGAGCUCUGCACAGAGGGGAGGAACCUGGCUCGCAGAUUUCAUCACAAGGAAAAAGGAAAGAACGCAGAGAUGUUAGCUUUCAGCCAGUACCCUCGACCCGCCGACACCCCACAGGAGAACUCUGACCUCCCGGAUCUGAGAGACAUCACGGUGAUGGGUUACUCCCUGCGCUGCUGGGAUUACAGAUACACGCUGUGGCUGGGCUUCGACCCCAGCUCCUUUCAGGUGAAUGUCUCGGACAUCCACGCCGGAGAGCUGUACAUGUUGGCGGACGACCCCGGUCAGGACGUGAACAUCUACAAUGAGACCGAGCACAGCGUGGUCAUGAGGAAGAUGGCCAGCCUUCCUCAUACCCUGAGUCUACAGACGAGGAUGAUGUUCCAGUUCCACUACCUCACAGCAGGGAUGAAGACAAGUAAAGCUGGCCUGUGGUGACACGCAACAGACGGGGGACUCCAACAAAGGGAAGGCGGAUGGAUGAAAGAGGGGAAAAUAGUUUCUAUAACACAUGUUCACUAUUAGUCAUAUUUAUUGUUUGAGCUUUGUAUUUCUGACUGAUCAAUGUUGAAGAGAAGAGAAUAAAAUAACAUUUUUCAAACAUUUCA